AUGGCAGCAAAGUUUCUUCCCAAAGAAUAUUACUAUGUUCCGACAAUGUUUGAUAAAACUACCCUCUACUAUGAGAAAAUUCUUAAAGAAACAGAAAGUGCAUUUGCUCAUCAUAGAUACCGAGACUAUAGUCCAGAAUAUGACAUAAAAUCAAAUCCUAGAAGAUCUGAUACGAAGACUAUACAAGAAAGCCUUUACGAUAAAUUUGCGCUACAAUAUCCGAAUGCAAGUGAAGAAAAACUAAAAUCAUUAACUUAUGAUGAAAUGCUAAUAAUACUAGCACCAAUGGAUACGUCCUCUACUUCAGAACCUGCUGAGCCAUCUGAGCCUGUUAAACUAAAAGAACCUGUGAUGGAAGAUACUCUUAUGGAUAGCGAAGACUGUUUUGAUAAUGGCGACGAUUGCUAUGGUAUUGAUCUCCAGAGGAACCCGCAGUGGGCCUCGGUAUCCUACGGGGUCUUCAUGUGCCUAGAGUGUUCUGGAAAGCACCGCGGCCUCGGGGUCCACGUCAGCUUCGUGAGGUCGGUGACCAUGGACUCGUGGUCCGAGGUCCAGCUGAAGAAGAUGGAGGCUGGGGGCAACGACAGGCUCAACGCGUUCUUGAGGCAGUACGGGGUCGCGAAGGAGGCGGAGAUCGUUGUGAAGUACAAUUCGAACGCCGCUUCUGUGUAUCGCGAUCGGAUCCAGGCAUUGGCUGAAGGCCGGCCAUGGAGAGAUCCACCGGUGGUUAAGGAAAUCCAUCGCCAGCCAGCGGGUCCCAGGAGGAAGCCGCCGAUGAGCCAGAAUGGAGGAAGUUCUGCGAAGAGUAAUGGAGGUUGGGAUGAUUGGGAUGAUGAUUUCAGAUCAUCAGAUCUGAGAAGAAACCAAUCAACAGGGGAUUUUAGGGCGGGAAACAAUGGAACUAGAGGAGGACAGCCAUCUAGAUCGAGAUCGACCACAGAUAUUUAUACGAGAUCGCAGCUGGAGGCAUCGGCUGCUAAUAAAGAGAGUUUCUUUGCGAGGAAGAUUCAAGAGAAUGAUUCGAGACCUGAAGGGCUUCCGCCCUCUCAAGGAGGGAAGUAUGUGGGGUUUGGGUCGUCGCCUGGGCCAGCAGUGACUAGGAAUAAUCUGCCGCAAGGGGAUGUGAUGUCAGUAGUCUCUCAGGGAUUUGGACGUCUUUCCCUGGUUGCAGCUUCUGCUGUGACUGUUGUCCAAGCAGGCACAAAGGAUCUUACAUCCAAGGUACCUUUUCUUUUGCUGUUAGUAUAAUUUAUUUUUUUGUUGCAAUCUAGCAAUUAUCCUCUCAAUGUUGACAGUACUGAUCAUCAACCCACCCAGACUGAAAGUGACAGCCCUUGUAAGUAUAUCCUUUUUCCAUUUUAUGAUGGUUACACUUCCUCCGAUUUAUAUAGCUCUGGUAGGGAUAACCUUGUAGCGAAAAUGUAGAAAACCACACCAAUCACCGCGCUAAUCCAGUCUUCCUCAGGAAAUAUAGCAUUUCUCUUCUGCAGGCAACUCUGAUGUUACCUAAGAGUCCCUGAAUAGUUACUAUAUUCAAUUGUUGUUUGUCUAGCCAAAACCAAUUUUCAAUUUGUGAAAGGAUUUUAAAUGGAAAUUCGUCAGUGUAUCCCUAUGAAGGCUUAGCAAUAUGUCUUAGGUUGACAGUCCAGGACUGUGUUAAUUUUCCCAAAGAAAAACUGGUACAUAGUUUAUGAUUGUAGUAAUGGACUGGACAGUGUUAACUAGUGAUUUUAGUUAGAAAAAUACUCAUUGAAGAAUUUCUAUCUGUCAAACAACGUUAUACGCUGAAAAAUUGCUUGCAUACCUAACAGAUGGGUUCAGCAUAAUAAAUGGAAUAUGAGCUGAUAGGCUUAGAGAGCUUUUUUGUUGGUGAUUAUCUUAAUCCUGAUCCAUACUUUUCACAAGUUGGGCCUACUCUCUUAGGAGUAAGCUGAAAGCUCCCAUGUUAUUCUCUGUAUAUAGUAGGCUGUUGGAGGCUACUGACAUAUUGGUCAUGGACUCACGAUGUUGAAGAUACAGAAACAAAAGACUGACUAUGAAACUGAAAAGACUUGACGAGACGAGGGAGCAAGUAACAAACAUUAAUGGGAAUGCUCCUUGAAAUGAACUUUCUCCAAAAAAAUUUGGGUUGACUACAUGAAUAAUGUUCUUCUUUUGGGCUAUCUCUUCCAUUAAGUUACUAUCUUAUCCUUCUUAAUUGCUUUCAAACAUUAAUGGGAAUGCUCCUUGAAAUGAACUUUCUUACAAGCACGUCACUAAUUAGUACACUAAUAACAAGUGAUAAGGGAUCUGAAUGAGCCCAUGACAAAAUAUUCCAUUACUUUCUUAAUCAUUUGAAGGACUUCAGUGCACUCAUAGUCCACCAAUUAAGUUGAUAUGAUAGUAAAUGGUAUGAUAUGGUUGCUAGAAAAAAUUAACACUUUUGGACUUCAACCAAUCAUACUGCCUCCUUUCUUAGUUGGGGCUGUCGGUUAGUUUGGGUUGGU